AAAUGAAAGUAAAAACAGGAACUGUGCUCUGAUAUAUUCAGCAGCACAGUUAUCACUUCAGCUCAGUUUCGUCUGAAAGCUACAAGGGAAAAAACAAGCUCUUACUGAGAAGAAAAGUAGCUGCAUCUGCUUUCUAUUCUCAAAAGGGGAAACAUGAGCUCUAUGUAUGCCAGCCUUCAUGACAACUACGUUUCAAACAAAAAGGGGUCGACCAGCUGUGUAGCACUAGCCGUGGUUUUGGGCUGUCUGACAGUCCUCGGGGUUCUGCUUGCCAUCGCUGUGCUGGAGAGACCGCCAGAACCCAAAGAUCAUGAGACACUUCCACAGGACGCCGGUGGGAGUAACUUCUCUAUUGACCAGUGCAGUAUGACCCUUGUGGAGAGCAUUCCUCAACAUAUGAAAUUUAAAGCCAAUGUAACGCUCGGGCUCCCACUGGUAGAAGCCUGGAAAGAUCUUAUCUCCGGGGCAACACACCAAGUGGAUGUGGUGUCUUUCUACUGGACAUUAACUGGAGAAGACAUCAACAUUAACUCUUCCUCUGACUUGCCUGGCAGAGACAUCCUGAAAGAACUUGAAGAUCUGCCCUCCAGGAACGUGUCUGUCCGAGUGGUGACCAGUGUUCCCACCGUCAGGACAAACUCCACCGAUCUGGAGAGCCUAAAGCUGAAAGGAGUUCAGGUUAGGAAGGUGAACUUUGGGCGCCUAACAAAAGGUGUCCUCCACAGCAAGUUCUGGAUCGUGGACAGAAAACAUGUGUUUAUUGGAAGUGCCAACAUGGACUGGAGGGCUCUAACACAGGUGAAGGAACUGGGGGUGGUGGUGUACAACUGUUCCAGUCUGGCGAAGGACCUCCAUAAGAUCUUCCAGUCAUACUGGGAGAUGGGACAAUCCAACAGCUCCCUGCCUCAGCCCUGGCCUGCAAAGUUUGAGACUGAUAUCAACAAACAGCACCCCCUGCUGGUCAAAGAGGACAACGUCUCCACCAACCUGUACCUUUCAGGUUCUCCACCGCCGUUCUGUCCUCCAUCGAGGACUCAGGACCUGGAGGCGAUUCUCUCCACCAUCUCAGAGGCUCAACACUUCGUCGAUGUAGCUGUCAUGGAGUAUUUCCCCACCACACGCUUUGGCAGGCCUCAGAGAUACUGGCCCGUCAUUGAUGAUGCCAUCAGGACGGCUGCAUUCGAGAGGAAGGUGAAGAUCAGGAUGCUGAUCAGCUGUGGCCGAGACUCUGAUCCUGCCAUGCUGCCUUUUCUUCAGUCUCUGGCCUCCAUGGACUUUCCUCAGCACCAUAUCAGCAUCCAGAUAAAACUAUACAUUGUGCCUGUGGGAAACCAGUCUGAUAUUCCAUAUUCCAGAGUCAACCAUAAUAAAUACAUGGUGACUGAUGAAGUAGCCUACAUUGGUACCUCCAACUGGUCAGGGGACUACUUUAUGACCACAGCUGGAGUGGGUCUGGUGAUUUCCCAGCAUGCUCCUCACCCGACACAGCAGAAUGAAACCCUGCACAGCCAGCUCAGGGCGGUUUUCGACAGAGACUGGCACUCAGAGUUUGCUGUGCACCUCGCUGAUCUGGGCCACAACCCAGACUGUGCACUGUCCAGAUGACUGAAACUGCUUCAUAAAAGUUACACAUAAACAUAUUUUAAUAUCACGGCUAAAUUCAAACCACUGUAUGUUGUUUUUAUAUUAUGUAUGCUUUUUUUAGUUGAUGCUAAAUACGUAUGGUUAACAGUGUGAGUGGGAACCAGUUCUGCACAGUUUUUUCAAGGUGUGAUAACUGAAUAUAUUGUACAGUUAGUAAAUAUGCAUCAUUAAUGUACUUUAUAAUGUUAUGCUAAUUAUAUGUCAUCAUCCGUGACAUUCUUGUAAACAAGUUAAAUAAUAAAUGAGUCACUGUCAGUC